AUGUUCUCGAAACUCGGUUCGGUGCUGGCCAUGACCAAGCCAAAUGGAGACGCAAUUCUGUCCAGCAAGCCAGAUGCUCAGGAACCACGGGCCCUCCCCGCAUCAUGGUAUCGGCAGGAUGAAAUGUAUCAACUCGAACGCCGCGCCAUUUUCUCUAAGCGAUGGCUUCUUGCCACGCACAAAUUGCGUUUCACCAAGCCCGGAGACUUUCUCCGCUUCGAAGAGGCUGGCUACCCAUUCGUGCUGUGUUUGGACAAGGAUGGAGAGACCAUCAAUGGCUUUCACAACAUCUGCAGGCACAGAGCCUUUCCAAUCGUCACAGAAGGGGAGGGAAACGCCAAGAUCUUUUCUUGCAAAUAUCACGGCUGGUCAUACGGGAUAAACGGAAAACUUGCCAAAGCACCACGCUUCGACACUGUUCCAACAUUCAACAAGGAGAACCAUAGCCUCUUUCCAGUUCAUGUGCAUAUCGAUGCCAUUGGAUUCGUCUGGGUCAACCUGGAUGCGUCCCCGGAACCAGAAGUGAAAUGGUCCGACGACUUCGAGGGUGUUGAUUCGCAGGAACGGUUCAAAUACUUUGACUUUUCUGAAUAUCACUUUGAUCACGUCUGGGGCAUGGAGGGCAAUUACAACUGGAAAACGCUUGCUGAUAACUACAACGAAUGUUAUCAUUGCCAGGUUGCGCACCCAGAUGUCAAGGCUAUAACAGACUUGACCUUUUACUACACCGUCUCGAAGCCCGGCUACAUUCAGCACUUCUCGCGACCCAAGAAGGGAACUGAGCAAGAUGAUAUCAAGAUCAGUAGCACAUAUUACUUUCCCAACUCCUGCAUGACUGUUUCGUAA